CGUUUCUUUCCUUUAAUGGAAUUGCUUUAUUCCAUCACGUAUUUUCCUUGUGUUGUAAGCAAAGAAUACAUUGCAUCGGUUGUCAUUUUGAUACCUUAUUGUUUGGUUGUUAUUAUAACUUUGUGUUUUAAAGUGGAGGGUCUUUGUGUUCGUGGAGCUUCGGUGCUUCAUUUUCUGAACGAUUUUGUUUUAAAAAUUGCUUAGUUCCUUUAACAAAUCAAUAAUAAGAAUUGUAUUAAAUUCGAAGUGUCAUGCCAGUUCAAAUUAUAUUAAACAAUUCGAUUGAGAUAGUUUAUUGCACCGCACAUCUGUCGGGAGUAAAGACAAAAUAAAACUUCUACCUGCGCAUCAAAGAAAAUAGUACAAAGGAUUAACAAUGAUUAGUGCUCUGGUAUCACGAUUAAUAGUGCUAACGUUUGGAACUUUAUAUCCGGCAUACGCUUCCUACAAAGCUGUACGAACUAAAAACGUUAAAGAAUAUGUGAAAUGGAUGAUGUAUUGGAUUGUUUACGCAUUUUUCACGUGCAUCGAAACAGUGACUGACAUAUUUUUAUCUUGGUUUCCUUUCUACUACGAAAUAAAGAUUGUGAUAGUGCUAUGGUUACUUUCGCCAGCAACAAAAGGUAGCUCCACUCUUUACCGUAAAUUUGUACAUCCAAUGCUAACUCGCAGAGAGCAGGAAAUAGACGAAUAUCUUAAUCAAGCUAAGGAGAGAGGUUAUUCAGCAGUCCUUCAGUUGGGUUAUACUGGAGUCACUUAUGCAAAAAAUGUUAUAAUGCAAAGCGCAUUAAAGGGUGGUGGAAAUUUAGUACAAACGAUAAGACGCAGUUAUAGUCUUAGCGAUCUAUCAGAACCGGAUUUGCAACGCACUCAGGAUGAGGUUGAUGAGAUUUCUUCCAUGAGACCACAGCAUCGUGUGCUUCGCAAUAGAAUGCAGGCAUCUCUCAGCCGUUCUGCAUCUGGCAGUAGACAUUCAACUGGAAUGUAUUUUACUGAAGUUGAUGUCACAAAAACUAACGAGAAUUUUAAUUAUAACAUUCGUUCUUCAGAGGAUAUUAGCUCCGGUUAUUCCAGUGCUGAGCCUAUAUCAAGUGGACUGAGUCGAGCUUCAUCAAUGACAAAUGCUUCAAAAACACGAUUAAGAACAAAACGUCCAGAGAUACAAAAUUUGGAUUCACAUGAAGAACUAUUUUAUAACCUACCACUACCAUAUGACACGGGAUUAAAUUAUUUUCAAAAUACCAAUAUAAUACCAUCUGAAGCAUUUGGGAACGAAAAGAAUAAAAAUUAUGCUUCGGAAAAUUUAAAUAGACAAUUCAUUUAUAAUCACACAACUGAAUAUGGAGAUCCAGAUGAUUUGUUUUUAGAUUCCUUAUCGGACGAUGUAAAUGAUAACAUCAAUCUAAUUGAUUUUAAUAAAGACAAUGAUAGCGACAGAGAAUCUGAUAAUCAGAACAAACGUGAAAUUAAAAACCGACCCCGACCGCAUUUAUAUAAUAAAGCCAAGGCACCACGUCCACCAAACGAAAGAAAGUACAAUAGUGACAGUGAUUCUGUUUCAUCACAAAGUGUAUUUUCAACAGGCUCAGGACGCAACAAAGGUUACGAGACAGAAAUCUAAUUUUGAGUUUGAAGAAAAAAUAUCAAGCUGCACUCUUCCUCGCAGCAAAAAAACUGAAAAAAGUAUUUCAGGCACAACCAAAAUACGCAAUAAGUCCGAUAAAUAA